AUGGCCCACAUAUGUCAAAAUGCUGAUAUUUCACGAUAUUUACAUGUCCAUGAGCCGACUGUAAGGUAUUGGCUUGAAAGAUAUGAAACAACUGGUGAGGUGGAAGUUAUACAAAAAUCUGGUCGUAAACGGUGUACCACAGAAAAACAAGAUACAGCAAUUCAAUCAAUGGUAGCUCAACAUCCAACUGAAUCUCUAGAUCAAAUUGCAUUUAGAUUAUCAAAGAAAGGUAUAAAAGUUAGCCUAACAACAUUAAGAAGAAGAUUUAAAGAAGCUGGUGUACAAUCAAUGAAGCCAACUUCCAAGCCAUUGUUAACAAGUGAUCAUAUUCAAAAAAGACUCAAAUGGGCUAUUGAACAUAAAGAUGUUAACUGGAAUCAAGUCGUUUUUACAGAUGAGACUUCAUUUCAUAUGAAACAAGCGAUAAGACGUGUAUGGAAAAAGCGUGGUGAAAAUUAUUAUGUAUCAACAAUCAAACAUCCUAUCAAAAUUCACGCUUGGGGCUGUUUCAGUAACAAAGGAUUUGAAGAUAAUGAUCCAAAACAUACUUCAAAAAUAUGUAAAAGAUUUAAGGUCGACAAUGGUGUACAAUCAUUACCGUGGCCAUCGCAAUCACCAGACUGUAAUCCGAUCGAGAAUGUUUUGGCAUUAAUGAAGCUUAAAAUCAACAAACAACCACUUACAUCAAUGAAGAAUUUUAUGGCAAGAAUAAGAAAAGAGUGGAAAAAUUUACCUGUUGAUUUUGCUGCAAAAUUAGUCAACUCUAUGGAACAUAGAAUAUAA